AGACAUGUCCUGGUAGGAAAAGGAAUGAAAGCAGCUCUUCAGCUCUCAAGAGUAAUGGCUCGGUAAGGAGUUGAACAGCAACAAUUGGCAUCGAAGUAGCAUCAAGUGAGACAUAUACUGUUUCUCGGCCCGUUAGGCAUUUUGAGAUAGUUUGGUAGCGCAUCAAGUAUAGUACUACCAGCGUUGGUAGCCUUUUCGUACGUACCCGCCGAAAAAACAAAUUCCGUUCGCCACACCCAAAAAGCAUCGGAAACACCACUACCUACAAUAUGCCUGUUUUUCUUCACGGCGACCAGCUGAACCUGGGCCGGGGCUUGCUGCAGAUCCCGUCGGACACGAGCCUGGAGACGAUUGUAAACGAUGUGCUCACGGCCGGGUACGACUAUAUCACGGUCCCGCUCGCAACCAAGGAAAGCCAAAAAGCUUCCUCCGAGCCUUUCGUUCCAGCGAUGACUUGCGACUUAGCGCUGCCCGGACGGCUGUGGGGCUCGUGCAUGAUCGCGCAGUGCACAGAAGGCUUGAACCCAGAUUUGGAUACCUACGACGAGCACCGGCGCGACGACCGCAAUAGCAAGCGACUGGAGGAGGAGAUCUCCUUCGGCGAACACCUGGGCGCGACGGCCCUUCUUCUGCCGUUUCCAGACGUGAGCGGCUGCGUGCAGUUUGCGGCCCUGGUCAACCGGAUGCUGCUGAAGCGGGAGGUGCAGGGGGUACCCUUGGUGAUUCAAGUGCCUUUGGUGUACCACGACAAAGCGCUGCACACGAUCACGACUAAAGCAGGAAAUAAAGCAAUAAAAGUCGACGGUUGGACGGUGUGGAACCAGUUUAAGCAAUUGAUCGAGUGCAGGAGCGACUUGAGGGUAAGUCUCAUUAUUGACGUUGCGAAAUUCGAGAAGCCAACCGACUUGGAACUCGACCGGUGGUAUGGGGAGCGCGUUCACUCGGUGCAGUUAGCGUCGCCGGCGUUUUUGAAAAACAGCAAAAAGUACCCGGUACUCCCGAAGAAGCUGCAGAGCUUUGUCAAGGGGUUUUUCACCCGAGCCGAAACCAUCUUCAUCGUGCGCGACGACGAGCGGGAGACCAGCGGCGAGAGGUGGGAGGAAGAUGCAGGGCUGAAUGGCGGAACAACAAACACAAUAGUACCUUUUCCGAUCGAAAAAACCGAAGGGAGUAGAAGUAGUAGUUCUUCUGUAGUCAAUACUGGCGACUCGGAAUUGGAUACAAGUACUAGUCUUUCACCGGUGAAAAACGCGCGGUUCUCCACGCUCCAAGCCCGGUACUUGUCGCUGCUGUUCAAAUCUCGGUCGCCCCCCGACGUGCAGCAGAAGUUCGAGAGGCCAUUUCUAGACGUGCUGCAGGCGCCUUUGCAGCCCCUGCACGACCACCUUGGGAGUCAGACCUAUGAGACGUUUGAGGAGGACCCCGUGAAAUACGUGCUGUACCAGGAAGCCGUGACCGAGUGUCUGUGGGACAAAAUCCGGUUCCUCAUUGACUCCCUGAAGAAGUUUUCGGGCGCGAACCUCUUCCCGGGGGUAGGGGCCAGCACCGCGGUUAUGGAUCCGCAGGUCGCGUUAAGGAUUGCGACGGACGCAGUUGCUGAGCUCGUGAAGGAGCGCACGCGGCGACCCGCGCCGGUGCCGACGGACCACGCGGGCAGGGAGGCCACAUCGGAGAAGGUGGAGGAUGCGUCAGACGACGGAAGUCGCCUUUCGGACGAAGUCUUCGCGGGGAAAGACGAUAGGCAAACGCAGGACCGUGGUGCUGCAACCGCCGCGAGGAACAACAGUCGUAAUGCUGAUGCGGACGAACAUCACCGCACUCAGAAAGAAGCAGGAGCGACAAGGAACGCGGACCCGGAAGAGUUGGCGGAGGCGAGUCGCCAACCCCGGGAGGAGGCGGGGCGCGGUGAGAUCGAAAGCAAAAGGGAGCAAGCCCGGGUUUUGUUUGUAAAGGGCUGCAACUUGAGUACAAUAUGCACGGGGGAAAACAGCUUCGUCAUUAUGGUCGUAGGCGCAGGCCGGGGCCCGAUUGUGCAAGCGUGCUUGGACGGGAUUCGACAGCUCAAGAAAAUUUUCGCAAAGGCCGCGGUCCCGGACGAGCAUCAGCCCGAGUUCAAACUAAUCGCCGUGGAAAAGAACCCAAACGCGGUGCACACGCUGCUUUACCGCAACAAGUACGAAUGGUGCAACCAGGUGGAGAUCGUCGGUCCGAUGGAUAUGCGAGAUUGGAAGACGGAGUACAAGGCGGAUGUUAUCGUCUCCGAACUUUUGGGGAGUUUCAGCGACAACGAACUUUCGCCGGAGUGCUUGGAUGGCGCGCAACGGUUUCUGCGGGACGAAGACGCACUUUUGAAGCAGCUGGUCGCGGAUGUCAACGAACAAGCGGCGUCGAAACGGACGACCGCGCAUGCUCAAUGCGAUCACCGAGGGAUCAAUGUAUACGCGCCCACAUGGCGGAAGGUCAUUGACAAAAUUUUCUGCGUCGUCAUGGAAUCUACAACUACCAGCGGAGAUAAAGAAGAUAACACCUCCGCCGCGCCGGCAGCAGCUACGAGUGCGCGCUCCUCCACUCAUCUUCACGCGAGGGCUGCGCGAGAGCGCAGUGCUAUGCUCUUCUUGCGGAAAAACAUCCGCGGAACUUCGAUCCCACAGUCCUACACGAGUUCGUUGCAAUUGGUUGCGAGCCCCGCCAAUCACAACAUGCUGAAAUCCCGUCAGCAAUUCGAGCAGGGGUAUGUCGUGGCUUUUCAACACCUGUUCUGCAUCUCGGCACCGCAGCCGUGUUUUACUUUCGAGCACCCGUCCGACCGAGUCGAUGGGAUAGGACACAACGACCGGCACUGCCAAAUUACCUUCAAGCCAGAGGUAUUGACGUUUGGGAUCGUUUUCUGAUGUCUUUGCUUCGGCUUUAGAUUUUAAGACGUUGCAUGGACCACCUCUACAGGCAGAAAUAGAACUGCGAAUGCGAAAACGAACUUGCGCAACGACAUUGAUUGAUCCGAUUUGAAAUGUUUUGGUUCAUCUAGCAUCAACUUUAGGAGCACUCAGUGGGUGCGAAGCUCUUUCACUAUGAUGACUCUUUUUUUCUAAAUCUAGACCAGCAGGUCUAGAGAUGUCGAAAAACUGCAACCAAUCAAAUUAAGCCGCAGUCUGAUUACUUCUUCGAAACCUGCAUGAUCUCGUCUUUAGAAAAAGAUAACUGCUGUCGUAGCCCAUGAUGACCACUUUUUGCUAGAGACAAACUUCGUUCGUCGGUGGCGAAAAACUGCACCCAAUCAAAUUAAGCCGCAGUCUGAUUUCCGACAAGCCACGUUAGUGCUUAAGCAGUCUCAUUUCUUGCAUCGUACUAGGCGCGCUUAAUAUUGCAAGCCAUGAUGAGCCAAAUUUGAUCGCAAUGCUUUGUCUUGAUUCUCAAAGUGAUGCAAACUCCAAAUUCAAUCCUUACUAUUCUGAAAUCAUUGCGGUAGUUGUCUAGUCUCUGGUUUAGAUUUACUGGCGCAAGUGGAUCGAGGUGUGGCUGGCGAAUUCCAGGCGCACGCACACUGUUAUGAUGACUACCUUAUUCGCAAUGCUUUGUCAUGAUUCUAGAUGAAGCUGAUGCAACUUUUUUUCAAUCCUUACUAUUCUGAAGCUUGGUUUUCACGCAAUGGUAUCACGAUCCAACAGCAGAUUUAGAUCAUUGGCGCCUCAUCUGUAGCCGCGCCCUUGCAUGAUGAUUGUCUUCUGAUCAAUAAGGUCUACUCCCCAAUUACGAAUCCUCAUGAAACUUUCUCUCUCGAAAAAAAAACCAGGUUGAAGCUGAAUGCGAUGGUUUAGCGGCCUACUUCGAUUGCGUUCUUUACGAGGCAACAUGUGAGGGCAGUCGAAAAAUCCGCAUGAGUAUUGAUCCGGUAACCAAAACGGAAGACUUGAUCUCGUGGUUCCCGAUGUACUUUCCGUUUAAGCAACCCUUCCAGCUCUCGCCCCUGGAUUCGGUGCAGGUAAACGUGUGGCGGAAGUCCGACAAGGCAAAGGUGUGGUAUGAGUGGGCCUGUACGGACCCGAUUGGUGCGGGCGGAGGCGUGCACAAUGCAGGCGGACGAUUUUACAGCAUCUACAAAUGACGUGCGCAGAGUAAAAAUUCGCCUGUGCUGUGGCCUUCAAAAGGCAGAAGUUUAGAACUAGUUUGCUGGUACAAUGCCCAGUCAUGACAGUAUUCUGAGUCGAGUAAAAAACAAAGUGAAUUCCAUCGCGCAUGAGAGCGUAAAGGCGACAUACUACAGUUUCGAAAUAGCAUGUUGAGUCUCAGUUUGGUGCUCGCGCUCGCCGGAUGGUGCUGGCGCGUUCAUACAACCUAUGGUGUCCAUUUGUGCUGUUGAAAGUGUGCC